AUGUCUCAAUUCGCUAGAUGCACGACCUCUAAGUACAAGUUUGGUGCUCAUAUAUCCACUGCUGGUGGAAUCUCUAAUAGUGUUACCAACGCAUUCAAUAUCGGUUGCAAUGCAUUUGCGAUGUUCUUGAAAUCACCUCGCCGAUGGAUCUCUCCUGAUUACAGCCCCGAAGAGAUCGAAAAGUUCAAGAAGAAUUGCCAAGAGCUCGGAUAUAACCCAUUGGUUGACAUCUUACCGCAUGGUCAAUAUUUUAUCAACCUCGCUAACCCAGAGUUGGAAAAGGCGGAGAAAAGUUACGAGAGUUUUUUGGACGAUUUACAAAGGUGCGAACAAUUGGGGAUCGGGCUGUACAAUUUCCACCCAGGCUCAUCGUUGAAAGCUGAUCACGAAAAACAAUUGCACCAACUGGCUGGGUACAUUAACAAAGCCCACAAAGCGACCAGCUUUGUCAAAGUCGUUUUGGAGAACAUGGCAGGCACAGGGUCACUGGUAGGUAGCGACUUGGGAGAUCUGCGCAAAGUGAUCGAUCUGGUCGACGAUAAGUCCAGAAUUGGUGUUUGCGUCGACACAUGUCAUACGUUUGCCGCAGGGUACGAUAUCAGCACAGAGAGUGCGUUUGAUGCCUUCUGGGCCGAUUUCGACAAGACAGUAGGGUUCAAGUACCUUUCUGCGAUUCAUUUGAACGAUUCCAAGGCGCCUCUUGCGGCGAAUCGCGAUCUCCACGAAAAAUUGGGAGAGGGUUUUCUGGGUCUUACAGUGUUCAAACUCGUGGCCAAGGCAGAAUUCCUACAGGGAAUUCCAGUGGUUCUGGAAACACCACAACCUACGAAUGAGGGCUACGGCGAAGAAAUCAAGCUUCUGGAAUGGCUUGAAAAUUACGAUUCCACCAAGGACAAGCAGGAAUUCGACGAAAAGACCGAAUCCUUACAAACAACGGGGGCCAAGUCGCGUACCGAACAACUGGCAAAGUUUGAUAAGAAAACUGCCAAACAGACCGCUACGAAGACUCCUAAAAAGACCACUAAGAAGGUCACUAAAACAACUACUGCCAAGAGAACAAGAAAAGCCGACAAUACCGAUGUUAAGACUGAAACUAAGAGACCCAAGCAAGAAGAAGACCACUCGCAGGACACUGAUGAUCAGUAA